CCUUCUUGACACACCUUUUGUUGUCUCGCCGAGCUACGAGCAGCUAACGGUUGCUAGCGAGCAUCACCCGCGCUGACUCCCCAACAGCGGCGAACUGAAGUCGGGCAGAAGAGUUAACGGUUAGCCGAGGGAGCCGAGAAGAAGUGACACGCUGCCAGGAUGAGUGGAGAUGAACUGAACCCAGCUGCUGUGGCUCGGCCGGUGGAGGAUGUUCAAGGAGAUGCACGGUGGAUAUCACAGCAUACAAAAUUUGUACAGGAGUGUAAGGACGGUGAACCAGAUGUGCUUUUUGUGGGGGAUUCUAUGGUUCAACUAAUGCAGCAGUAUGAGGUCUGGAGGGAGUUGUUCUCUCCUCUCCAUGCGCUCAACUUUGGCAUCGCGGGGGACACCACCUGUAAUGUGCUGUGGAGGCUGCAGAAUGGAGAGCUGGAAAACAUCCGUCCCAAGGUGGUGGUGUUGUGGGUAGGAACCAAUAAUUACGAACACACAGCAGAGCAGGUCGCAGGAGGGAUUCUUGCCAUCGCACAACUUCUCACCUCUCGCCUCCCAAAGGCAAAGAUAGUCGUACUGGGUUUGUUACCUCGAGGCGAGCGGCCCAACCCGCUGAGGGAGAAGAACGCUGCUGUUAACGGGUUCCUCCGCUCCUGGCUGCCGCGGUUGGGUCAGGCUCAGUUCCUGGAUGUGAGCGGUCAGUUCGUCCACUCCGACGGAACCAUCAGCGCGCAGGAUAUGUUCGACUUCCUCCACCUGACGUCGACAGGCUACCGCACCAUGGCCAAGCCCCUCAGCGACCUGCUGCUUCAGAUACUGGAGGAGACGCCAGAGGAGAGACGGGCGUCGCUGGUUUGAAGGCCGUGGCCGAGAGGCGCUUUUAUCCAGAGGCAUGUCUCACCUGCUGCUGUGGGCGAGACCUGCCGCUGGUACCUGGAGGAGGAAGGGCUCACUCCUUAGGGCGACGAGGUACCCUGAUGUGAGGGAGCCCACUUGGGGUGUGGGAUCACAUUCAUGAGUGGAGGGUUGGGUGUGGAGAGGUGCUGCAGAGGGAGAGAGACCUCACUACAAACAUAGACACUGUGACUGCAGUAGUAAACGCUAUUGCGAGAAGGAUUCAACAAGGUCAGACUACUCUGAAUCAUAGACAGGUGUAAUGGAAUCAUGUGGGACUGCAGUGGCACACACACACACAGACUAAUCUUGGCCGGUGGAUAAAACGAGUGUUUCCCUCUAACACAAUCAAAUUUCUUCCUCGGUGUUUCGACGUCCACUACACAGUUUGCUGCACUUAAAAUUGGCAGAACAUUAUCCAACAUUAAACAAUGUUAUCACCUCUUCUACAAAACACAAGUAAUUGUACAAAAAGGAAAAACAUGAGGAGUCAUCUGUAGUGUGACAUCUUUUCAACGAGCCACAAAUCAAAGAUAUUGGGGUGCACUGCUGCAGAGGGUAAACUGCUGAAACGUACUCUAUGUAUAGCAAAAUAACCUGCAAACAGCGUAUUAAAUGAUAGACGCAAACGUACAACCAUAGUUUUAGUUCACUAGUUUGUCUUUGUGGACUACUUCAUGUAAUUGGUCAAACAAGAAACACAUAUCCUAAUCAAUGUUCACAUCUUUUAAUCAAUAUUAAAUGCAGCCUGUAAACAGACCACACACAGAGCAGACCACAGUUUAAAUCCUGAUGUUGCCGUUCGCUGCAUGCAUCUUUUAAGGCCAGCCUCAGCUUCGUAGUACAAAAGCUUCUGUAUUUAAUUCCACACAAUCAGCCUAUAUCAUGUAUUCAUGCAUAUCCAUUAGUGAUGCUAAUGCUGCUGAAUCUAAUCGUCCGAUAAGCUAGAGGUCUUCCAAACGCGUUCAACCACGCUGCUUCGGUGCAAAGCUUCUGUCCCAUCCAGCAAAUGUAUUUACAUUGUAUUUGUAGAUUUGCAUUUUACAGUUUGGGUCCAAAAUAAUCCAGUGACACUUAUCUAAUAUUGAUCUGAUGGACUACUUAAAUGCCAUCUGGAUUGAAGAACGUAUUUAAUUAGAAAUAAUUGCUCCCGAGCAACAGUGCGCUUGACCUUUUUUUUAGCAGCAAAGAAAAAUGGAGCAAACCAGUGUUUGUCAUGAUAGCUGCAGUCCUGCUUUCUUCUUGCAUUAGUUACUUUUAAAGUUCCUACAGAUCAAUGUGCCUCAGUUGCUUUCUACGCGUCACACUGAACUCUAAAACUGUGACUGGCACAGGCUCUCUCUCCCUCUCCCUCCAUGAACAUAUUGUAUUUUCUCUAAGAAGCACUUCUUUGUUUGACUUCUCACCUCCUCUCUUAAUUUCUGACCCUGUCGUACUUGUAUUUGACUCUCACCCAGCCCCGCCGCCCUGAAUGCCUCACUUCUCUACAUGGUAUGGAUACUGAAUAUUUUCUAGGAAUAAAGCGUAGCCACACGGUGAAGCUAUACUGAACACAGCUAUACUGAAUAUUAUCACGCUAAAUGCUAGAAAGCAAUCACAGGUCAUGUAAAGAAAACCAUUCGUCUGUGAGCUUAUACUGUAGCUGUCUGUACAUGGCUCAGUUCAGAGAGUCUCUUGUCGAGCAUCGAGUUAUCCAACAUUACUGCUGUCUUAAGCUCUGCACAUUUGCGUGAUGUGUUAAAUAUGAAUAGUGUAUGUGUGUGUGCCUUAAGUGUUGAUGAGGACGGUUGUGUACAGUAUGUCUGGUACUGGACUGUGGAAGUUGGACGUGUGAGUGUCUAGAAGUGACCCCGGGUGUAUAUAGGGCAUGACUGAGGAGGGGGGUCGCGUUUGUGGGAGUCUGUGUUUGCUGUGAUACAGUAUUUGCACUGUUUUGGCUCGUUGUCAUGUUAUUGAGGUAAAGCAUUCCAAAUAAAAAAAAAACCAUGAACUAA